GUGCGGGCCGCGGCCCGGAGCGAGCGGCCGCGCGAUGUGGCUCGGGCCGGAGGAGGUGCUGGUGGCCAACGCGCUGUGGGUGACAGAGCGAGCCAAUCCCUUCUUCGUGCUGCAGCGGCGCCGAGGCCACGGCAAGGGCGGCGGCCUCACGGGUCUUCUUGUGGGAACUCUGGACGUAGUACUGGAUUCCAGCGCCCGAGUGGCCCCUUACCGAAUCCUGCACCAGACCCAAGACUCACAGGUCUAUUGGACGGUGGCAUGUGGUUCUUCCCGCAAAGAGAUCACAAAGCACUGGGAAUGGCUGGAAAACAACUUACUUCAGACGCUAUCUAUCUUUGACAAUGAGGAAGACAUCACUACCUUCGUCAAGGGCAAAAUACAUGGUAUCAUUGCAGAAGAGAAUAAGAACCUGCAGACCCAGGGAGAUGAGGACCCAGGAAAAUUCAAGGAGGCUGAGCUAAAGAUGCGGAAGCAAUUUGGGAUGCCCAAUGGUGAGAAGCUGGUCAACUACUACUCCUGCAGCUACUGGAAGGGCCGUGUACCCCGACAGGGCUGGCUCUACUUGACCGUCAACCACCUGUGCUUCUACUCCUUCCUCCUGGGGAAGGAAGUGAGCCUGGUGGUACAAUGGGUGGACAUCACACGGCUAGAGAAGAAUGCCACCCUCCUCUUCCCUGAGAGCAUCCGCGUGGAUACUCGGGACCAGGAGCUCUUCUUCUCCAUGUUCCUCAAUAUUGGUGAGACCUUCAAGCUCAUGGAGCAAUUGGCCAACCUGGCCAUGCAGCAGCUGCUGGACAACAAGGGCUUCUUGGAGGACAAGGCCCUGCCCAAGCCCAUCCGGCCACACAAAAACAUCUCAGCUCUGAAGCGAGACCUGGAUGCCCGAUCCAAGAACGAGUGCUACCGGGCCACAUUCCGGCUACCCAAGGAUGAGCGGCUGGAUGGCCACACGGGCUGCACCCUGUGGACACCAUUCAACAAGCUGCAUAUCCCAGGUCAGAUGUUCAUCUCCAAUAACUACAUCUGUUUCGCCAGUAAGGAGGAAGAUGCAUGCCGCCUCAUCAUACCCCUCAGGGAGGUGACCAUUGUGGAAAAAGCUGACAGCUCCAGUGUCUUGCCCAGCCCUCUCUCCAUCAGCACCAAGAGUAAAAUGACCUUCCUGUUUGCCAACCUGAAAGACCGUGACUUCCUGGUUCAGAGGAUUUCUGACUUCCUACAGAAAACACCGUCUAAGCAUCUAGGUGGCAUCAUUGUGGGGAGGAAAACCAGCAUUGUGGAUUCUGUCCUGGAGUCUUUCCCAGUUCCUCAGGAAACAUCAGAACCACCCACCAGCCCAUCCUCUCCCCUCAGUAGUCCCCCAAGUUUCAGUGCACAGGAAGUGCCAACUGCUUCCCAGGGCCUGCUCAAAGUCUUCCAGAGAAAUUCUCCUAUGGAAGAUCUCGGUGCCAAAGGGGCUAAGGAGAAGAUGAAGGAGGAGUCAUGGAACAUCCACUUCUUUGAGUAUGGGCGUGGCAUGUGCAUGUACCGCACAGCCAAAACACGGGAGCUGGUCCUGAAGGGCAUCCCUGAGAGCCUUCGAGGGGAGCUUUGGCUCCUCUUCUCUGGGGCAUGGAAUGAGAUGGUGACCCACCCUGGCUACUACGCUGAGCUUGUAGAGAAGUCUACAGGGAAGUACAGCCUAGCCACCGAAGAAAUUGAGCGAGACCUCCACCGCUCCAUGCCUGAGCACCCUGCCUUUCAGAAUGAGCUCGGGAUUGCUGCACUCCGACGGGUGCUGACUGCCUAUGCAUUCCGGAACCCCACCAUUGGCUACUGCCAGGCAAUGAACAUCGUGACCUCAGUGCUCCUGUUGUACGGCAGUGAGGAGGAGGCCUUCUGGCUCCUGGUGGCCCUCUGUGAGCGCAUGUUGCCUGACUACUACAACACCAGAGUGGUGGGAGCCCUAGUGGAUCAAGGCAUUUUUGAAGAGCUCACAAGAGACAUCCUACCCCAACUCUCAGAGAAGAUGCAGGACCUGGGGGUGAUCUCCAGUAUUUCACUCUCCUGGUUCCUAACCCUGUUCCUCAGCGUCAUGCCCUUCGAGAGUGCUGUGGUCAUUGUUGACUGCUUCUUCUACGAGGGUAUCAAGGUGAUCCUGCAAGUGGCCUUGGCUGUGCUGGAUGCCAACAUGGAGCAGCUUCUGGACUGCAGUGAUGAGGGCGAGGCCAUGACAGUGCUGGGCAGAUACCUGGAUAAUGUAGUCAACAAGCAGAGCAUUUCUCCUCCUAUUCCACACCUCCAUGCUCUGUUGACCAGUGGAGAUGACCCUCCUGCAGAAGUGGACAUCUUUGACCUCCUGAAAGUGUCCUAUGAGAAGUUCAGCAACCUGCGGGCAGAUGACAUUGAACAGAUGCGGUUUAAACAGAGACUGAAGGUGAUCCAGUCCUUGGAGGACACAGCCAAGAGGAGCGUGGUUCGAGCCAUACCAGGGGACAUUGGUUUCUCAGUUGAAGAGCUGGAGGACCUGUACAUGGUGUUCAAGGCCAAGCACCUGGCAAGUCAGUACUGGGGUAGUAACCACAUGACAGCCGUCCACCGGGACCCCAGCCUGCCCUACCUGGAACAGUACCGGAUUGAUGUAUGCCAGUUCCAGGAGCUCUUUGCCAGCCUGACACCCUGGGCCUGUGGCUCCCACUCACCUGUGUUGGCCAGCCGCAUGUUCAGGCUCCUGGACCAAAACAAGGACUCGCUGAUCAACUUCAAAGAAUUUGUGAUAGGAAUGAGUGGGAUGUACCAUGGAGACCUCACGGAGAAGCUCAAGGCACUCUACAAGCUGCACCUGCCCCCAGCUCUAAAUCCAGAGGAAGCUGAGUCAGCCCUAGAGGCCACCCACUAUUUCACAGUGGACAGCUCCUCAGAAGAACCUCCUCUGGCCUCAAAUCUGGAUCUUUUCCUGCCAUGGGAGGCUCAAGACUGUCUAGAAGCACUGCCACAGGAGCAGAAAGAAGGAAAUGGAAAUGAGGCUGUCCAAGAAAGAAGAGGAGGUCCAGAGGAGAAGGGGACCAGCCCUCCUGACUAUCGACACUACCUUCAAAUGUGGGCCAAGGAGAAGGAGGAUCAAAAGGAGACUAUUAAGGAUCUUCCCAAGAUGAACCAGGAGCAGUUCAUUGAGCUAUGCAAGACACUUUAUAACAUGUUCAGUGAAGACCCCAUGGAGCAGGAUUUGUACCAUGCCAUUGCCACAGUGGCCAGCCUCCUCCUUCGCAUCGGUGAGGUAGGCAAGAAGUUUUCAGCUCAGACAGGCAAGAAGCCCAAAGAUGGUAACAACAGUGCCACUAAGGAGGAUGAGCCACCAGCACCCAAGCCCCAUCAGGACUCAACACAGGAGCUUCAACCUCUGGCUACAGGGAACCCCCAGGCCAAAGCCAGCGGUGACACUCACUUUGGAAAAGCACUUCAGGAGAGUCAUCUUGUAGUGGAGGGGGGCAGUGGCGAGGGGCAGGGCUCUUCCUCCAUGCUUUUGUCUGAUGAUGAAACCAAAGAUGACAUGUCCAUGUCCUCCUAUUCUGUGGUCAGUACAGGCUCCCUACAGUGUGAGGAUCUCACAGAUGACACGGUGCUGGUGGGUGGGGAAGCCUGCAGCCCUUUGACCACUUCGCAUGGCGGGGGCACUGUGGACACGGAUUGGUGCAUCUCCUUUGAACAGAUCUUGGCCUCCAUCCUGACAGAGUCUGUGCUGGUUAACUUCUUUGAGAAAAGGGUAAAUAUUGGACUCAAGAUCAAGGAGCAGAAGAAGGUGGAGAGACAGUUCAGUACCUCCAGUGACCAUGAGCCAUCUGGAAUCUCAGGCUGAACUAGAAAUGGAGGCUGACCUCUGGUCUCUGCCCUCCCUUCCUCCCUUUCUGUGUUCUCCUUAAAGACACACACCCAUUCUCCCUUAAGAAGGGAGUCAUAGAAACAGAAGGCUGAAGCAAACCCAGUUGCCUUAGGAGAAUUCCCUGGGCCAGGGCUCCAUCUUCCUGCCUACUUGGAACCAGCCUAGAGACCCCCACUUGAGCUGGCUGUUAACAAAUAGUAUUAGAGGCUUUCAGAUCUAGCCCUGCUUGCCUUAUGCCCCUGCACCCUAUGCUGUGCCUAGGACACGCCAGUUUUCAUCUACGGAAAGAUGUACAGUUGAAUGUCCCAGGUACUAACUGCUGCUGCCACUUGGUGGCAAGGUUAUGUGCUUGGCUUCCAGGUGACAGAAACUUCCAAGCACCCACUUGGUGGUUGUGCCUGAGCCUCAGGAAUGAAGUACUCAGGUGGGGAAACAUCUGUUCACAGGGGCGGGUGUCUUGCAGUGCAGGCAUAACUUACAUGGCCUUUUCACUCCUCACCAUUAACUUUAAAAAGCACAUCCCUCAGGUCCUGAUCUAUUUCCUUGUCUUCAUUUCACUUGGCUAAAAAUCACACUGUGCUUAAUGCCUUAAUAAAUCCAUGAAAGAAAGAAAAAGCAAA